CCGGAAGUUGCUCCCGUAUUCGUGACGUGUUCUUGUAAGUAGUAUUUGCAGUUGCUGCUGACUGAUCAAAUUCCACACUCAAAUGCGGCGAGGGUUUGCUGAUAAAUUAUAGCCACAAUCAGUACAAUAGGAAAGGGAUCUUGAUACGACCUACAAAAAUGACAACCAUGUUCGCAGACACUAUUCUUAUUGUGUUCAUCUCUGUUUGCACAGCUCUGUUAGCUGAGGGAAUUACAUGGGUGCUGGUGUAUCGUACUGCGAAGUACAAGAGUCUGAAGGCAGAGGUGGAAAAGCAAAGCAAGAAAUUGGAGAAGAAGAAGGAAACCAUUACAGAAUCUGCAGGACGUCAACAGAAGAAAAAGAUUGAGAGACAAGAGGAGAAACUGAAGAACAACAACAGAGAUCUAUCCAUGGUACGAAUGAAGUCCAUGUUCGCCAUUGGCUUCUGUUUCACAGCGUUGAUGGGAAUGUUCAACUCCAUCUUUGAUGGAAGGGUGGUGGCCAAACUGCCAUUCGUCCCACUGUCCUACAUUCAGGGCCUUUCCCAUCGCAACCUUCUGGGCGAGGACUUCACUGACUGCUCCUUCAUCUUCCUGUACAUUCUCUGCACCAUGUCCAUCAGACAGAACAUCCAGAAGAUGCUGGGUCUGGCCCCCUCCAGAGCUGCCACCAAGCAGGCUGGAGGUUUCUUGGGACCCCCUCCCCAGGCAGCUAAGUUCUCCUAAGCACCAAGCACACGGGUGGCGUUCCAGGCUGACUACAUUACAGUCCAAUGGUUGUGUGCCGUGUCAUCGAGUGCGCAGCCGAGCAUCAGAUGCUGUAUCAUAUAAUGUGGUUUUUGCAAUGUAGUCUGCCUAGAACGUGGCCAGUGUCUUCAGUCCUAUUUCUACACUGUGACUGUCUGGCCACAGAGAGAAGUUAGGGGACAGCCCCCUCAUCUGUUCAGAGAAUGACAUUGCUGUCACAAAGAUGGAUGGGACGACUCUUUGGAUGCAUUGAAUACCAUCAGCAGCUACUGUAUCAUUAAUUCAUUACCUGUACCCACUAUUUCAUUGAAGUUUGUAGUAUACCUGGUUUGACCCUUUUUUCCUGUUUUUGUUGCUUUUUAGAUCGAUUAGUUUGACAUAAAAGUAGCUAUGAUUGUCAGUAUAAAUGAUUUACAAAAUGUUACAAAAGUGUGAAGAAUAUCCUGUGUUCAGAUAAACAUUGUGAUAAGAUGCUAAACAAAGAUCGUAUGAGAUUGGAAUAAAUUAAGCAGAACUGGGAGUGGAUUGGCUGUUUGGUUCAUCAGUACAUUAUGUGAUUACCUGGCUGUGUAGUAUUUCAUUUCUUACUAAUUGAAUAAAUGUUUUAUCACAUUUUA